CACUGCAGGAGCUUUCUGUGACUCUUGUUUCUUUAUCAGUGAAGGUUUGGAAGCAGAAUGAAGCGAAGCAGCAACUACAGCUCGUCAGACAGCGACCUGGACGAUAAUGUGGAGGUAGAGAAAGACAGUGGCGACGAAACUGGGCAACUUGACUCUCAAGAAUCAACGUCACCCACCACAACCACACAAGUUCAGGCCAGAAAAAGGCGCAGAGGGAUUAUUGAGAAAAGGAGACGAGACCGAAUCAAUAACAGUCUGUCGGAACUAAGAAGACUGGUGCCAAGUGCUUUUGAGAAACAGGGAUCAGCUAAACUGGAAAAAGCAGAAAUUUUGCAAAUGACAGUGGACCACUUAAAGAUGCUUCAUGCCUCUGGAGGCAAAGGUUACUUUGAGGCUCAUGCGCUUGCUAAGGAUUACCGCAGCUUUGGUUUCAGGGAGUGCCUGGCAGAAACGGCUCGCUACCUGAGCAUCGUAGAGGGCCGGGAUGGCACAGACUCCCUGCGGGUUCGCUUGGUGUCCCACCUCAGCAGCUAUGCCUCUCAGAGGGACGUGCACACCGGGCUGGAACAUUUAGCCUGGGGCUCUUCGUAUGGGACAGCCCCUGCACAUCUCCCACACCACCUCCUUCUACAGCACCCUCAGGGCAGGACACCUGCACACAGAACCAGCGGCAGCCCAACAUCCACCUCCUCUUCUUCUUCUUCUUCUUCAUCCUCUUCGUCCACUGAAUCAUCUGGGACAUCCAGACUUAGUAUCCUGACCUCAACAGAGUCCCUCAAGGUGAACGGCUCACUAGCCCUCGGUCUACAUGUGCCAUCCUCUAAGCUUUCGCCGCCGCUCGUCCCUGCUCUGUCCUCACUUUCGGCCUUCCCCCUCUCCUUUGGUGCUUUCCCUCUCAUCUCUCCAACGACCGUCAGCGCCGCGAGUCCCUCCUCCACCAUGACGAAGCCUUACAGGCCCUGGAGCAUGGAGAUUGGGGCCUUCUGACGCAGACUAUAAACUGAUGGCAACAGCUGAGCUGCGUCCAUCCCAGAACGGACAAACACAGUCAGGACUACUUUGUCAAGGAUUUUAUUAGAAAUAAUGAGGAGAGAAACAAAACGAUUUUAUUUUUUUAGAA